AUGGCAGAAUUGGUGGUGUAUAGAAUUAGUGGUGGUAUUGGUGGUGGUGGUGGUAUAGGUGGUGGUAUCGGUGGUGGUGGCAGAAUUGGUGGUGGUAUAGGUGGUAGUGGCAAUUUUGGUGGUGGUAUUGGUGGUGGCGGUAAUAUAGGUGGUGGUAUUGGUGGUGGUGGGAGUAUUGGUGGUGGUUUUGGUAGCGGUGGCAGUAUAGGUGGUGGUGGUUGGAGUAUAGGCGGAGGGAGCGGUGGUUUCGGAGGUGGUAUUGGUGGUGGUGGCAGAAUUAGUGGUGGUAUUGGUGGUGGUGGUGGUAUAGGUGGUGGUAUCGGUGGUGGUGGCAGAAUUGGUGGUGGUAUAGGUGGUAGUGGCAAUUUUGGUGGUGGUAUUGGUGGUGGCGGUAAUAUAGGUGGUGGUGGUUGGAGUAUAGGCGGAGGGAGCGGUGGUUUCGGAGGUGGUAUUGGUGGUGGCAGUAUUGGUGGUGGGGGUAGCAUCGGUGGUGGCGGUAGUAUAGGUGGUGGCAGUAUUGGUGGUGGCGGUAGUAUAGGUGGUAGUAUUGAUGGUAGUGGCAGUUUUGGUGGUGGAAUUGGUGGUGGCGGUAAUAUAGGUGGUGGUGGUAGUAUAGGUGGUGGUAUUGGUGGUGGCAGUAUUGGUGGUAGCGGCAGUUUUGGUGGUGGCGGUAAUAUAGGUGGUGGUGGGAGUAUUGGUGGUGGUUUUGGUGGCGGUGGCAGUAUAGGUGGUGGUGGUUGGAGUAUAGGUGGAGGGAGUGGUGGUUUCGGAGGUUUGCCCGGUGGUGGUCAACAGUUCGCAUUAAAAUUUACAAAUGGACGAUGUUUACUCCCGGAGAAUGAACAAACUAGUUCUGACACAAAGUUAGUGUUACCAAGUGACGAUUGUGAUAAUAAGCUUGCAAAGUUUCAAAUUUCAAAUGAAGGAAAUCUGCAGCACGUAGAAACUGGCUACUGUGUGCAGCCAGAAGGUGACAGUGAAGAUUUACCAUUGGCUAUUGUGGAAAACUGCAACAAAAAGUGGGUUUUUUUCAUGACCAAUUUUGGCUCUCUUAAAUUAUCAGAAGGUGGCAAAUGUGUCCAGCCAGAGACCGGAGGAACACGACCGUCGCAAACAGAAUAUAUGGUAUUGCGUGAUGUGUGCGACUCACCAGAAACAAAGUUCACAAUUUGGGGUGUCAGUGGUGGACAAUUUGGGAUAGGUGGAGGAGGUAUAGGAGGCGGAGGGGCCGGUGGAGGAGGUGCAGGGAUGGGUGGAGGGGGGAGUCAAGCGGGCUCGUCUUGGCAGUGGCGAAAUGGUGGAGAUGGAGGAAGCAAAGGAGGAUCAUCUUGGAGUUUCUCCUCACCGGGAAGUGGAGGGGGGAAUAAAUGGUCUUAUUCGUGGGGAAAUCCUCAAAAGCAUCUAGAAAAUGACCAGGCCAGGCACAGUAACAACCAACAUCAUCCACAAGAGAUCAAGAUUAUUAUUAACGCCAAAAAACACCAGAUCCAUCACAGCAGAACAGUUGGACCACGAAAAAGGGACAAGCUGGCUAAGAUAAAACAAGUUGGCUAA